CAAAAGGGCAUGAGGAGCCCAAAUGAAUGGGCUUUGCAGAAAACCCUAAUUGGGCCGCCUCGUUUGAGUGUGUAUAAGAACCCUAAAACUGAUGCAGCUGCAGCCGUUUAGCACAGCAGAGAAGAACCACGAUGGUUAAAGGACGGCAAGGAGAGCGCGUCAGACUUUAUGUCAGGGGUUCUAUUCUUGGAUACAAGAGGUCCAAGUCGAAUCAAUACCCAAAUACCUCUCUUAUUCAGAUUGAGGGAGUGAACUCCAAGGAAGAAGUUGCCUAUUACUGCGGGAAGCGCAUGGCUUACAUUUACAAAGCAAAGGUUAAGAAGAAUGGAACCCACUAUCGCUGCAUUUGGGGUAAGGUCACCAGGCCUCAUGGUAACAGCGGUAUUGUCCGUGCUAAGUUCAAGUCCAAUCUACCACCGAGAUCAAUGGGAGCAAGGGUUAGAGUCUUUAUGUAUCCAAGCAAUAUAUGAGAUUUUCAAGACCUGUGCCUUGUUUGUCGCUGGACAUGAAGGAAUUUUGCAUUAAUGGUGUUAAAUUUUUAUGUUUUGUGUAGCUUGAGUAGAGCAGUAUCUUUGUUCUGAUGGUGAAAGAACUGCAUUUUUUUUUUAAUUCUCACUGCCAUGGCUAUUUAAGAUAAUUAUGAGUUUUGAAUUCAUAUAUAGAUUAUUCCAUCCACAUAAUUGUUUCAGAUUAUGGUUA